CUCAUCAGUACGCAGGCGCCCAUCUUAGUUGGUCUUCUUGUCCUGUAAACAGAGGGGCCUGCCCCCGACAGCUUCUGCUUCCAGGUCACGCGCUGACAGCGGCUUUCAACACCCACCUCAGCCCGGCAAUUCGUACCAGACCUGCCGGGAUUGCUGCUAUCUGCUGGGAGCCGGUGCGGAAAGUGACACCGCACGUCCUUGCAUUUCGUACCCUUGCCCCCCGCCCCCUAGCCUCAGCUAGACAGCUGCCGCGACCCCUCACGCAGCAGCUUUGCAGUAAAUGCCCUUUGGUGUUUUCUCUGGAUCCCGUAGCAAAAGAAAACGAGGGAGACAGGGCUUUCAGCUCUAGCAGAGGAAAGGGCCUUCCAAGGGAAUCAAACCGUACACGGGCUGCUGUCUGGCAGUUUGGAGCAUGUGAACACCCUGAGCCUUGAUGAGUUCCAGUAUGUGGUAUAUUAUGCAGAGCAUUCAGAGCAAAUACUCUCUCUCAGAGCGCUUAAUCCGAACAAUUGCUGCCAUCCGUUCCUUCCCACAUGAUAAUGUAGAGGACCUCAUCAGAGGGGGAGCAGAUGUGAACUGCACUCAUGGUACACUGAAGCCCUUGCACUGUGCCUGUAUGGUGUCAGAUGCUGACUGUGUGGAGUUACUUCUGGAAAAAGGAGCCGAGGUGAAUGCCCUGGAUGGGUAUAACCGAACAGCCCUCCACUAUGCAGCAGAGAAAGAUGAGGCUUGUGUGGAGGUCCUAUUGGAGUAUGGUGCAAACCCAAAUGCUUUGGAUGGCAACAGAGAUACCCCACUUCACUGGGCAGCCUUUAAGAACAAUGCUGAGUGUGUGCGGGCUCUCCUAGAGAGUGGGGCCUCUGUCAAUGCCCUGGAUUAUAACAAUGAUACACCGCUCAGCUGGGCUGCCAUGAAAGGAAAUCUUGAGAGUGUCAGUAUUCUUCUGGAUUAUGGCGCAGAGGUCAGAGUCAUCAACCUAAUAGGCCAGACACCCAUCUCCCGCCUGGUGGCUCUGCUAGUCAGGGGACUUGGAACAGAGAAAGAGGACUCUUGCUUUGAGCUCCUCCACAGAGCUGUUGGACACUUUGAAUUGAGGAAAAAUGGCACCAUGCCACGAGAGGUGGCCAGAGACCCGCAGCUAUGUGAAAAACUGACUGUUCUGUGCUCAGCUCCAGGGACUCUAAAAACACUUGCUCGCUAUGCCGUACGCCGUAGCCUGGGACUCCAGUAUCUCCCUGAUGCAGUGAAGGGCCUUCCACUGCCAGCUUCUUUGAAGGAAUACCUGUUACUUUUAGAAUAGCCCGGAGAAGAUGUUUGCACCAUCAUGCAGGCAACUCUGGGUGAGGUUGUGCCUGCAGUACUCUUUGUCACAGAAAACAGAAAAACAGUUGUUCCUGUUGUGUGGUUUAUAGAUUUUGAAGCAACAUGUCACAACAGUAACCUCCAUAGCACCUCCCCUUCCCAAACCAAACAACCAAACAACCAAACAAAAAAAAAUCCCUCACUUUUGUUUUCUGUUUAUUGCUUACUUGGCUUUUUAUAUUGCACUUUGCAGAAGAAGUCUCCCUCAAUCCUCCCCCUUAGGGAAGGAGUCAGCAGUGCAACUAAAUUUCUCUGGGAAGAUGGAAAGUACUUAAAGAAUGUGUGUGUGGUUUUCCUUUGGGGACAUGGUUAAUGGUCCAGAAGAAUCCCUUCUAGAAAGCAUUUUAGGCCAGGCAUGGUGGCUCACACCUGUAAUCCCAGCACUUUGGGAGGCUGAGGCAGGCGGAUCACCUGAGGUCAGGAGUUCGAGACAUAGUGGCAUGCGCCCGUAAUCCCAGCUACUCGGGAGGCUGAGGCAGAAGAAUUGCUUGAACCUGGGAGGCAGAGGUUACAGUGAGCUGAGAUCACGCCAUUGCACUCCAGCCUGGGCAACAAGAGCAAAACUCCGUCUCAAAAAAAAAAAGAUUUUAAUUGAUCUGUGAAAAAAUUUAAGAAAAUCACAAUUUCAGCUAACAGCAAUUGCGUCCCAAAGAUGAGGAUACUAUAACCUCAAAUGAUGCAGAUCCAGAACUGGGCUGGAUGACAUCCCUAGUGUGCCAUGUUCUGGGGCAUUCAGAAGGGACUGGACCUCUUUCCCCUCAUCAAAGGAAACAGCAGUCUUUGCCUCUUUCUCUUGGUUGUGCCCAAGGGCUACACAGUAGCUCUGAAAUAAUAAGAGCUCUGCAAUAACAGUAAUAAAUAGCUCUGAAAUAACAGUCCUAAGAACUCCUAAAGUCCUGAGAACUUCUCUUGUAAUGCAGCUUUUUCUCUUCCUGAGAGCCAGUGUGUUCUAAUGAGCUUCGCAGGCAGUUCCUACACCUACAGUGUGUGUUCCAGCAGGGAGGACUUAUGGGCUGGGCUGCCUUUUCCCAUGGGUCUUCAUUCCCAAUGGAAAGCUCACUCUGCUUAGUUUGGAAUUAUUUUUCUUUCAGUUGUUCUGGAACCUUUGCUUUUUAUUGAUUUAUACAAUACAAUUGGCAGGAGGGUGGGCUUGGGAUGGGAGUGGGAAAAGCAUAUAAGAGCUGCUUUUGUGAUGGUCCAUCUACCCAAAAGAGAUCUGCUUUAGUGAACAAUACUCUUUCAUUUCAUGUUUCUAAACUAGAUCAAGUUGUUAUUGAUUUUAGAUGACUUGUAUGCAAAUUUGAAAAACAUUUUUUUAAAGCUGAUUGGGAACUACAAACAAUGAAUGGAAUCUACUGACACAGCUAAUUGGAAAACAUGUAUUUUGUCCUAUUGAUGCUGGUGUUUAAAAAACACCAUUAAAAAAAAAAAGAGGAAUAAAUAGUUCUAAAAGCAA